AUGGGAGUGAAACACAGCCUGCAGAUGGGCGGCGCGUGCCUCAGCUUCCUGGCCAACAUCCUCACGGUGCUGUCCACCGCCAGCAACUACUGGACGCGCCACCAUGGGGGUCACAGCGGCCUGUGGCAGGAGUGCAGCCACGGCACCUGCUCCAACAUCCCCUGCCAGACCAUGCUGGCCGUGACCGGGGCGUGCAUGGUGCUGGCGACCGGCUUCGGCAUCGUGGCCACGGUGAUGGGGAUGAAGAUUCUGUGCCAUCAGGGGGAGUCGCUGCGGGGCCAGGUCACGAGCGCCUUCCUCUUCCUCGCCGGGUUGCUGCUGCUGAUCGCCUUGACGGGCUACACAGUGAAGACUGCCUGGAAGAACGACGUCUUCUUCUCCUGGUCCUAUUUCUUGGGGUGGCUGGCUUUACCCUUCUCUAUUCUCGCGGGCUUCUGCUUCCUGCUGGCGGACAUGAUCGUGCAGAGCACGGACGCCAUCAGCGGCUUCCCGGUGUGCCUGUGA